CAUAUCGAUAAUUUGUUUGUUGAUUUGUAAAAUCAAUUUUGAUGGUAUAUCGAUGGUAUUUAGAUGCAUACUUGUCUAUGUUGAUUUUUUCUUUUUGCUUGCCAAAUCGAUGGUAAUUUGAUGGCGUUUUGAUGACAACAAUAGACUGAUUAUUUAUUUUUUUGUAAAUUUAACUAAUUCUCUCUCUUUUUUUUGGAUAUUUUGCAUAUGCUACUCAAACGUAUCUCACUGCUUGAGAUCCCCAUAGAGGAUCAUUAUGUCGGUCGUAUGACCUAUAGGGGUUCCGAUAGGUUAACUAAAUUGAAGAAAAGGUUUGAGGAGUAGGGAUUGUUGGGGAGGGUGAAUGAGUCUAUUUUUGGGUCAUUCUUCACAAUCCCUGCCUUUUCGUUCUCUGGGGAAUUGGUGCAUACACUGCUUUUGAAGAAGGUGAAGUCUCCGCGUGAUGAUGAGGUGCACUUCUUGAUGGGCCCAAACUUAUGUAAGUUUGGGGUGCACGAGUUUGCCAUUAUGACUGGCCUAAGCUGCUCCUGUCCACCACUUGCCGCUGACAUUCAACCUCACCUUACAUCCUCCCGCCUACUCGAUACAUAUUUCAAUGUGGAACCCGAGAAAGACAUUAAGUUAUGUAUGUUGGAACGAGCUUUUAGUAUGUGCGAUGCACCUAAUGAUUUGUACAAGCUCGGUUUGGUUUACUUUGUGAAGGGGAUACUAUUGGUCAUUGAGAACGACAAUGCUAUUUGACGAGAUUCAUUGUCGAUGGUCGAGGAUUUAGAGUAUUUUGAGAAGUAUCCAUGGGGAUCUCUUUCAUUCGAUACAACUAUGAAACAAUUCAGUAGAGAUAUGAAAGCGAUUGGUGCUACAAUACAUGGUAAGAAGGCGUAGAAGACCACUGAGGUGGAGUCUUCUAAGGGUGUUUAGGUGGAGGCAAAGUACACCUGCAAGGGGUAUCCACCAACCUUGCAAUAUUGGGCAUACAAGAUGAUUCUUGAUUUGCACAAGGAAUACCCCAAGCCCUGUGGAUUUAAGUUCCCUAAGAUCCUACAGUGGGAGAGCACAGGCCACCCGAACCAUUCGCAUGUGAAGGAUAUACUUGCGAGGAGACGUUUGUCAUGCAUGUAUAUCCUAAGGCCUCGACCAGACGAGCGAGAUUUCUUCGACAUCAUAUAUCAGAGGACAGAGGGGGAUGCUCCUAGGUAUGUGAUGCUGCAUAAUAUGAUCCAGCAUGCGCCAGAGGAUGGAAGACCUUAUGAUCUUGAGGUAGAGGCUGUUGCGGUGGCUGAGAUAGCCAUAGAGGCUGGCAUAUUUGUGGAUGAUGCCCCAACGGACGAGGUUAAGGCUGCUCCAAAUACUAGUGCAGAACCUACUUCUGCUUCUGCUCCUGGGGCUUAUGAGGCUAUGUUGGGUAAGAUGUCCAGACUAUCAGGUGCAGUGGACGAGGUUAAGGCCACUCUAGGUGUCCUCCUUAAGAAUCAAGAAGUUAUAUUGGAGAAGAUGGCAGCACUUGGUGGUAUCCUCCCCACUCCAACUCUUGCACCCACUCUAGCAGAGAACGUAUAGAACGAUGUCCUCCCCACAUGUUACGAGCCUCCUGUUGAAGAAGCCACCCCUCCUCAGCCAGUGUAGAUGACCUUAAGUACUACUAAUCCAUGAGUUACUACAUUUUUUAAAAAUGAAAUAGAUUGUUUACUAAUUGCUCCUGUUAUAGGUAAGCGCACUAGACAGAGACCAGUAAGGUACAAGGACUAUACGUCAGCAGUUAAGAAACCAAAGUUCAAGGACCCAAUUAUGAUCCAUCCUUUAAAGGUGUUGGAUCAAGAUAUGUUGAAAAAUUUUAACCGAUGGGUACUCGAUGAGAUUGACAACAGCAGACCGAGGAAGUUGGAAGGUUGUGAUGGCACCCUUGUUUGGUUCCUGAAGUUGAAGGUGGUAAAAGAAUGGUUGGCAGACUGUAAGUCUUUUUGUAUUCAUUGUUAACACAUUCAUCUCAUUUUAACAAUACUCUAUUUUAACGAUACUCUAUUUUAACGAUACUUUGUUUAUUUGCAGCAUCUUGACGCUGCAAAUGAUCUUAUACGGAGUCUAAUUUUUAGUUUCUAAAUUGUACCCCGUGAAAGCCACCGUACUUGAUUUAUCAUUUGCACAAUAUUCCUGCUAGAUAUGAAGACUUCAAGAACAAGAGCAGAACUAACCAAUGGGAUGAGGAUAUUCUUAAUUUCACGAAAGGAGAUGCUAAAAAUACAAGAAGCCUUGGGGUGAUUGCAAUGAGAUCUACUUCCACUGGUGCCUGGAAAAUCGUCAUUGGGUCCUUUGCAAGAUAAAUUUGACUGAUUGGAUGAUCACUGUAUUUGACUAAGAUCAUUCCAACUUUAGUCAUGAUAAGUUGACUGAGUUGAUGGAGCCUUGGACUAGGAUGCUUCCAUCUUUACUCAGUGCUUCCGGUAUGUUUAAAGGACACCCCAAGUUGAAAAUAGCUAGACCGAAGAUCAUCGUUCCAAACUUUGAUUGGUGGCGCAUGUCCACUGAUAUUUUCCCACAAUCUAGAAUUAGAUAUUUAGACGUACUAACUUCAUUUUGUCAUAAUCAUGUUCUCCUUUAAUUUUCAAUAAACUCACAAAUGUUAUUUCUUGAUUUCAGCGAAGAUUGCGACAUAUUCGCCAUCAAGCACUUGGAGUUUAUUCUUGGAGAGAUUCCAUUAUCGUAUGCCAUCGAGGACCACAUUCAGUACUUCAGGAAUAAAUUAUGCAUAGACAUUUUUUACAAGAAUGUGUACCCUUGACUUUUUCUAUCUGUUAGAACAUUUAUUUUGAUGUCUCAUUAGUUUUUGUAUAUAAACAAUGUCGCAUCGAUAUCAUUUCGAUGGUAACUCGAUAUUAUAUUUUUUGUAAUUAAAACUGUUAUGUGAUAUUUCAAUGCCACAUCGACGCCAUUUCAAUGGCAUAUCAAUGGAACACCUCCAUUAAAAAUUUCA